UCCAGACGGUAAUUGUCUCCAUAGCCUUUUUUUUACAGACAACUUAACAACCGGGCCAUGGCGAAUAUUUUUAACUAAUAAAAUUCCAUAGUGUCUUAAUCUUGAGGACCUCCCACUCCAUAUCUAACCUGACGUGCUGGGUAUUGCGUAUGAGAAUAGACAGAAUCAAUGGGUACCCCUGCGCUUGUCAAAUUGUCGACUAAAUCUUCCCAGGAUCUGCGGGUAUAAGCGUUUUCUUUCUCCACAAACAGACAAACAAUACGUUCAUGUAAGGACUACCCUUUUGUCGGAAAUCCGCAGGGAAUUGCAGUAGAGAAUAUACGGAACAGAAUUCGAACUUCAGCGUUUUUUUGGUUUCUGAUCACUGGCCGCUUCAUGGGAGAGUCCCUUUCUGGACAGUCGUGACAAAAUGACGACGCUUUUUUAUUUGGGUUUACUAUGUUUCUCGUGGCUGAGAUUUGCUCGAAAUUUAUGGUAUUUUUUUGUCACGGUAGGCUUUAUUUCCUGUUGAUUGUGAAUAUCGACAGCCGGCUGCCAAUUUAAAUGAUACACACUGACGCCUGCUGAUCUAUUUCGAGACUUGAGGAGAAAGAACGUUAUAUUACUUUCCCCCAAUUCAACAUUACUUAUUAAUUUAUGGUCUGGAGAUUAUUAAAGCACAGGGCUGUGGGGAUAUACAGAGAUUUAGACUUUGAAAGAAAGCAUCCUAUGGAAGGACUGCCUCCUUCUAUCAGUAGCUGCAUAGUUUGCACUAGACUCCAUGGAUUGGAGGUAGACGGAUCGUCCAUAUCCUGGUUCUCUGAGUCAACGCCUAUUUGGGUAAGGAAAAUCCUCUUGUUGGGCAGGUAGAGGUUCGAAUAAGGGUGCAAGUGUUUGAGCUCUGAGCUUUCCCCCAAUCAAAAUCAAAUUAAAAAGAAUGUGAAUCUAGUUGUAACUGAGCAUGGAUUGAACUCAUGACCCGGUGGGCAUCAUGAAAUUUUAGCAUAAGAGAGGGGGAAAACAUUUGGGGUAACUGCAAUUAGUCCUCUUCGGUCCUUCAUUGCUUCCUGGUUCUAGUUUCAUAUAUUAUAGUUUUGUCUUCUUAUGGACUGUAUUGACAUUGGCAUAUGUGAAGAAAAUGAAGAAUCCCAAUCCCAAUCCCUGCUGAUCAAUGAUAAUAGCGGGUCGUGUAGGAGUGAGGAUAGUGCCAGUGCAUGUGCAGGUGCAAGCUUGAUAAAGCGGACUUCAGAGGAAGAUGGAAUUGUAAGGAGGAGGUCACACCAUUCUACCAGUAAUGUCGAAAUGGAUUACAGAAGGCUUCAAAACAUUUAUCGAGACGGUCUACACAGAUUCAAAAUGGCAUUGGCUUGUUUUGGCCUUUAUGACUCGUGCGCUGCAAGUUUAAUUGCUUCUUGGAUGUUAUUUUCCUUUUUCACCGUAAUAGUUCCUACCGUAUUAGUUCUCUGUGUUACUUACAGCAGCUCUGAUACCGAACAGAUUCAGCUCAAUGCAGUCGUUCAAAUAUCGGAGUCUUCCUUAGCGGCCAUUUCUUUCUUGUUCCUCUCUCACAAUCUUAAGCAGCAUGGAUUACAAAAACUAUUGUUCCUGGAUAAAAUUGAACGUCAAUCAGAAAAAGUUCAAAUCAUUUUCAAAAGGGAGCUCACCGUUGCUGUGUCACUAGUUGUGAGGAUUCUCCUUCCCUGUUUCAUUGCUGAGAUUAUCUGUCAAAUCUGGUGGUUUACACAAGUUUCAGUUAAAUUACUAUUUAUUGAGGAUACGAUUUUUAUCCGAAUUAUCUUGUGUGGGACUGUCUUGCUCUCAUGGCUCUACCGGAUGAGUCUGUUCCUUAUUAUCUGCGUUCUAUUUCGGCUUAUGUGCUCUCUCAUGCUUAGUCGGUUUGAGGACUAUAGUAAGCUUUUCAAAGGUGUGUCUGAUGUUUCAAUCAUCUUGAAGGAGCAUAUGAACAUUCGUCAGCAGCUUUUCACUAUUAGCCACAGAUUUCGCAUCUUCAUCCUCUCUUCAUUGGUUGCAAUCACUGUCAGUCAAUUUGUAUCACUUUUUAUAGCAACAGCUUCGUCAAUAAGUAUCAGCUUGCCCAAAGCUGGGAACUUGGUGGUUUGUGCGGCAGUUCAAGUUACAGGAUUUGUGCUCUGUUUACAUGGAGCUGCAAGGAUCACCCACAGAGCCCAGAGAAUUGUGUCUAUGGCUAGUCAGUGGCAUGCUUUGGUGACCUGUCAAUCAUACACGUCUGAUUCAGAUACCGAAAACAUGACUGAAUCACUUGCUUUAGCUGUUGACGACAUGUCCCUCUCACCAAGUGAAUAUGCAAGUGAUCUAGAAUCAGUUGGAAAUAUUUGCAAUAUUAUUCCCUCAAAAGAUGAAUUUCCUUCUUAUGAGGAGAGACAGGCUUUUGUAUUAUAUCUGCAGCAUUCAAAUGCUGGAAUUUCACUCUAUGGUUUUGUGCUGGAUCGAGGCUUUAUCUACACAAUAUUUGGCCUACAACUGUCUGUGAUCCUGUUCAUUCUAAGCCUAACGAUAGGUGUAAAGUAAUGCCAUGUUGGCUGUGAGAAAAUGUACUUUAGUGUGGGCAUUUCAUGUUCUUUAAGAUGGGCAGAGCCUGUAUGUGGUUCGAUGAGAGGUUUGUAUACCGAGGUCUUUUUUGGCUCCACAGAAAGAUUAUCAUUAUGGGUGACACUUAUAAUGUUGGUUGUUAUCACAUGCUUAUAUUUAGGAUGAUGGAAUCAACGGCACCCAACAUUCUUAGUGGUUGAAAAUGGUUCAUUGUAAUUCAAUGAAUAUAUAUUCUUUAUUGAUCAUUGUCCCUGCCUACAUGGGCAGCAACUCUGUAUUCUAUUCACCUUUUUCUCAUCUAUUUUUUAGGCACAAUACUUGUCAUUAUCUGAA